UGGUCCUCUGAUACAUUUCAGAAUGCCGCUGGUAAAAAGGAACAUAGACCCCAGGCACUUGUGCCACACAGCUCUGCCCCGAGGUAUCAAGAAUGAGUUGGAAUGUGUCACCAAUAUUUCCUUGGCAAAUAUAAUCAGACAACUGAGUAGCCUAAGUAAAUAUGCUGAAGAUAUAUUUGGUGAACUUUUCAAUGAAGCACACAGUUUCUCAUUUAGAGUCAACUCCUUACAAGAGCGUGUAGAUCGCUUGUCUGUCAGUGUUACACAACUCGAUCCAAAGGAAGAGGAAUUGUCACUGCAGGACAUUACAAUGAGAAAAGCUUUCCGGAGUUCCACGAUUCAAGACCAGCAGCUGUUUGACCGCAAAACUCUGCCAAUUCCUUUGCAAGAAACUUACGACAUUUGUGAACAGCCUCCUCCACUUAACAUUCUCACCCCUUACAGGGAUGAUGGAAAAGAGGGUUUGAAGUUCUAUACCAAUCCUUCAUAUUUCUUUGAUCUGUGGAAGGAAAAAAUGUUGCAGGACACAGAGGACAAAAGAAAAGAAAAGAGGAAGCAGAAGCAGAAAAAUCUAGAUCGCCCUCACGAACCAGAGAAAGUGCCAAGGGCACCUCAUGACAGACGGAGAGAGUGGCAGAAGCUAGCCCAAGGUCCAGAGCUCGCAGAAGAUGAUGCUAACCUCUUACAUAAGCACAUUGAAGUUGCUAAUGGCCCAGCUUCACAUUUUGAAUCAAGAUCUCAAGCAUACGUGGACCACAUCGACGGGUCGUAUUCGCUGUCCGCCUUGCCCUACAGCCAGAUGUCUGAGCUGCUGAACCGGGCCGAGGAGCGCGUGCUGGUCAGGCCCCACGAGCCGCCGCCGCCGCCUCCCAUGCACGGGGCAGCCGAAGUGAAGCCCGUGCCUCCCUGCGUGAGUUCUACUCCUGGCUUGGUAGAAAAUCGCCCUCAGUCACCAGCAACAGGCAGAACACCGGUGUUUGUGAGCCCCACUCCUCCUCCUCCACCACCACCACCUCUUCCAUCUGCUUUGUCGACUUCAUCAUUAAGAGCUGCAAUGACUUCCACCCCUCCACCCCCAGUCCCACCCCCACCACCCCCUCCCACAGCUGCUCUGCAGGCCCCAGCUGUGCCACCUCCGCCAGCUCCUCUCCAGAUAGCUCCUGGAGUUCUUCAUCCAGCUCCACCUCCAGUUGCUCCUCCCCUAGCACAACCCUCUCCCCCUGUCACUAGAGCCGCCCAAGUGUGCGAAGCUCUACCCGUUCACCCAGUUCCUCCACAAGCUGAAGUACAGGGACUUCCACCACCACCCCCGCCUCCUCCCCUGCCACCUCCUGGCAUUCGACCCUCCUCCCCUGUCACAGUUGCAAACCUUUCCCACCCUCCUCCUGUUCUGCACCCUCCUCCCACAACCAUUGUCCCUGGCCCUCAUGCACCCAUAAUGCCCCCAUCUCCACCGUCCCAAGUGAUUCCUGCUCCUGAGCCCAAACGCCAUCCUUCAACUCUUCCUGUGAUCAGUGAUGCUAGAAGCGUUCUGCUGGAAGCAAUACGGAAAGGUAUUCAGCUCCGCAAAGUCGAAGAGCAGCGGGAGCAAGAAGCGAAGCACGAGCGCAUUGAGAACGAUGUUGCCACCAUCCUCUCCCGUCGCAUUGCUGUGGAAUACAGUGAUUCAGAAGAUGAUUCAGAAUUUGAUGAAGUAGAUUGGCUAGAGUAAAAUUAUUACAUUGCUGUACACUGCAAAAUCGAAUGCUAAUGUCCGUUGUGGUGCUUGUUCUUUGGAAGUUUGAUGGUCAUUUCUAGUGUUUUUUGUAUUCUUUUCUUAACAUAAUUAAUCCAUGUUUUUCUACUUUUCAGUUUACAAAGAGCUCCUAGUGCAUCUUCAAAACUAAAUGUUUUACAGUGGCUUUUCUUACACAUCUCUUUUGGAAGAACAUACUUUGUUCCAAUAGACCACUAAGUAUUAAGCAUGGGCAGCUGUUGGUAGAGUAGCAGUUUCAAUUUUUUGGCAUAUCUUAACUGUGCACUUUGUGAAUUUUAAGUUGAUGAAGGCAACUGAGAUUGACAUUCCAAGGGCAGCUGUAUGUACUAAUGAGCCUUAUUCCACUUCUGAUAGUGUUUUAAAACAUUAAACCUAGCUGUCAAAAUAUCACUGCCUCGAUCACACCUGUACACUAAAAGUACAUAUAGUUAGCAGCACUGAACACACUGAAAAGCAAAUGGAUCUUUGGGGGGGUUUAUUAUUGUUUUAUUGUUGUUUUUAAAUAAUUAUGGCCUUAUUUGAAUGUUUAGAGAUUCCCCUUCCCUUCUUCCCUCCCAGGUACAUAUUGUGUGGUACUAUUUUUGCCUGCAUAAUAAAAGUUUAAAGUUUUUUUUUUCCUUGUGAAAUCUUUUGACUUAAACAUGCUGUGUAACUUAUGUAACUGUUAAAAUAACAGUUUGAUUUAAUAAAUGGUUCAUUUUAAAUGUU